AUGGACGGGCGAGUCACGGUCGAAAGGCUUGCCAUCCAAAAUACCCAAGGCCACUUCACCUACUUCCUUCCUAUAAUGCUCCAGCAACUCAUCAUUCAAACCCAACCCUUGGAUACUAUUAAUCCUCUGGCCUUCUACACAGAUCAUCCCUUCUUGGUGGCCCAAGACAUUGACCUCGCACCACUUAUUGUUGAUAUCUGCAUACACCGUCUUCGCCAGCUCCAACCCAGGCGACGCCGGCGGAUCGAAGACCUGCGUCUAUUUUUGCUGCAACCCAACCUCGUCUGCUUUCUCUCACAACACCGAAAGUCAGCCGGCAUGAAGGAAGGUAAAGCAAGCAUGAGCUGCGAGAUUGUGGCUGCCCGAUCUGGGGAUCUUUGCGCCACGUUAGGUGAGGGUGACCCCUUGAGUGAUACAGCAACUGCGCGGCGCUUCACAGCAGUUCGGAAUCUCAGAGGUGGUGUGCUUUUGGCUCCACCCGCAACAACAUUCCCUGGGAACAGAUCGCCAGUCCAAGCAUCUCGCGGGGCAUCGUCAGAAGGAGAGGCGCGCACAGCGGUGGAACACGUCGUUUCGUACCGUGAAUCUAUUCCGCGUGAGCCAAAUUCCGCAUGGAAGCGCUGUCGUGGUGCCGCCUUGACGUUUUAUUACCUCGUCCACUUAUCACAAAAAUUCGGCAACGUACCAGAUGAAGACGCCGCAACAACGAGCAGGGUUGAACCGUUGGGCACGACCUUCGCUGCAGCGUGUACGACACCCGGUGAGUCUGUUCCUGUCUGCCAUCGAACCGAGCAUGCACUCUGGAAGGUCGAACCGAGCUCGUCGGGGUCCUCAAAGACGCUCCAACUCGCACGAUGGCUUGUGACUUUAUUUUCAACCAAAUUUGGUCCUUUUGCAGCCAUAGUGGUAGUGGUAUUGGGGGUACUCCGGCUUGCACUGUCACCGUGCGGCAAGGCGCCCUGCCCUGGAUUUAAGCUCCCCAAGGAGGACGAGCCGCCUGAAUUCUACAGGUUCCCCUGUGCCGUGGAGAAACAACCGCCGAAAGGCGCCGACAAAGUCCUCCCUGAGCAUCACAGCAAAUGCGCACAGUGCACGUUUGGCUACCAGAUGGUGAUGCCAAAGGAAGGCAAGUGCAAACGACUGGCAUUGUCCCUCACGUACCAUGAAAGACGCGACAUCAACGCGGCCCCGAAAUGCGAUGCCUGCUAUGCGGAAAAGUUCGUAAAAGUUCCGUCCACGUAUGGUGAGAUCAUCAACAAGUUGGCAGAUAAAACAAACAAAUGGCAUCAGCACAUGUGGAUCAAGCAACUGACCAAACGUGCGCAGGAGCUGACCGCGCCGUCCGGGCUCGAUAGGGGCCCCAUAUUUAUCUUCUAUUUCCCGGGCAUUCGCCGGUAUGCGUGGUUAGCCCUGGCUAAUUUCCCCCGAUGUGGUCUGGGCUACGUGUUUGCUGAGCACGCGCGACCCGUAGAUGAUGUGCACGACGUCGAUGGUGCAGUCGGGAAACAACGCGACCGCGCCAGCCAGGGCGUAGCGCAUCUCGAAGGACCAGGCCGCCGUCGCGUUCACCUAGCGAUCUGCCGCUCUGAGACGCUUUUUAGAGCGGCGCCAAGAAGUCGCGAAGGUGCUCAUGGCUGUGCAACAGAAGCCAUCGGUGACCGCACAGGCUGCUCAAAGAGUUUUCGCAUUGAUUACGUCAUCAUCUAUCAUGCGAAACGAAUUUAUUUAGCGCGCCGAAGACGGGUUGGGAAUUUACGCCGAAGGCGGGCAAAUUCGAGUUUAGGGUUAGGGUUAGGGUUAGGGUUAGGGUUAGGGUUAGAGGCCACGUUUUUUCGAAACACUCCACUGGAACUUUGCUACGCACCACGCCCUGGCUAUAAUCCAAUCGGCUUUUUAGUUGAUGCGCCCUCUCCUGAGAGCUCAGGAGCGCAAGACAAUUUACCCGCGAUCGCGAGGACAAUGUCUAUAAUUAUCCCCGUGCGUGGGUCCUCAAACACAGUGGAGGUGUUUAAUGACGAGUUGCCCGAGGACCCAGCAGACGUUAUCGACUUAUUGCGCGCGGAGCUCGCGCCCCUCAACACCUGGUGCGAGUUUGCGGUGGCUUACCACAACCAAGGAAAACGCGAACAAUUUCGUGAAAUCUUGCUCGGAGUUGUGGAUGCCUUCGAUGUAUAUGAGAUGCAAGACUUUUAUCGGCGUCAGCCAGACUUAUUUGCUUCCGGCCGAUUGCGUGUCCUGAAUUUGUUAGCAGCUUCUGCGACGAGUAAUUUCAUUGCCGAGGAGCUCCGAAAAGAAGCCCGAGAGGCAUUGACGUAUAUUCUUAUCACAAUCGCUUGGCGGCAGAAGGCGCUCGAGUAUAUUGGAAGAGCCGACAAAAUUUCAACCAGCUGCUCGCAGACGUGGCUCGUGAAAGCUCUCUUUUGGAUCGGCGAGCAUCAUCAUGAUGCGCAUGCAUUGCGAAAUUCUGCGUACUACGCUGACUCUGCACUUCGCAGCGAUAAUGGUGCUUCGUGCAAUGCGAGAUUAGCAAAAGCAGCAGUUUUGUUCCACGAAUGCAAAUUUUCUGAUGCUUUAAGGUUGUAUGCGAGCACACUUCGCUCGGACCCAAGAGCUGCAGGCGCGAGCGCUCGCAUUGGUGUUGGACUCUGUGCCUAUCAUCUAGGUGACAAAGACAAAGCACUUACUGCGCUUGAACGUGCACUUUCUCUUGGCACAACCUGCGUAGAAGCUCUAGUUGCUGUUGCUAUUCUUCGGCUUGAUCAAGAAAGCGAUCCCAAAAUCAUGGGACGGAAAGGCACUGGCCUUUUGUCCAAGCGGGCAACAGCGGGACCUGUUCAGGUCAUAAAUAGCCCCGGACGCAUGCUCAGUCGUGCCAGAGAACUUGAUCCCACAUGCUCCAUGGCGCUUAACCACUAUGGGAAUCAUCUUUUCUGGUUAUGGCAGCAAUCUUCGCUUACUGGUCAUGCACAAAUGGGAAGCAGCAGCAUCACAUGCUCCACCGAUCCAUCUGAUCUCCUUCACAGUGGUACGUGCAUUCAACUGAUCCAAAACGGCGAGAACAAAGUUGCUCUUGAGACCAAAGUUCGAGAUGUGGUGAUUCUUCCUGGUGAAUUGGACACUUGGACUGUGAAUCUUGCGACUCCAUAUCGCCCUUUGGCAAAAACAGAUUUGCACAAAUUAAGCAUCAAAGUUAAAGAAGUUCCCGAGAUUGAUGAUCUAGCUAGUCGCGCAUAUCACUGUACUGCUGUGCCUGAGAUCCAAGCUGAGGCGUACUUCAUUCUUGGUCGGAAUCACCACGUGCGAAACGAGUUUCAGGGUGCCCUCCCUUUCUAUGUUCAAGCUUGCAAACUUUGGCCGCACUUUGCGCUUGCGCAAUUUCGCCUUGCACAAGUACGGGCGGCCAUGAACGAUUUACCGGCAGCUCUUGAGGCGGCAGAGGUGGCGCUAGAAUUGGCGCCAAACGCACACGAAGUUCUUCGGCUUGUUGGGCUAUUGCGCCUUACACAGAAUUCGACCAAGAGUCCACUCGAAGUUCUGAGACAUGCAAUCGCUCAGAACUCUAAUGAUACUUGCACUUGGCUUGCAUUGGCAAGUGCCUUGGAACGCCACAUAUUUACUGAUGAUGCUGUCCAUGAGCGUGAUCCCAGUCUAGUUCGGAAAGCAAUUGAUGCGUACGAUAAUGCUGCAAAGCUUAAGUGGGAAUCUUCGUCAACGGUUCCAUUCCAAAUAUCAAACAAUGUCGGAGUGCUUCAUCUUUGUCUUGGCGAAGCUAGGCCUGCACAGUCUGCUUUUUUAUCCGCACUGCAUGAUUUUGAGGGAUGUUCGCCUAAUCAGGGUCCUGAUGCAACUUUAUCGACUGUCAACCCGUAUUGUUUUAUGCCCUCAGUAACUGGGUCAGAUGUCGGUGUACAGGGCGAGUUCUGGCAUGACUAUUGGAAACUGAUUGACGGCGGAGCAUGGCACUCUUCAACAAAUCUAUGUACGCUAUGGAUAGAUAUGCCGAUUGACCCACCUUUCACUGUGGGCGAACGCAUCCGUAUUGGUGAUGGCGGUGCUACUUGCAUAGUGAGUGUCAAAAGCAUGCGUGUAUCAGCAAUUGGCAAACCGAUAUCGCGCGAGAAUGCCCUUGUGAUUCAGAUUUCCGAACCUCUCCGCAUGUUGAGCUCAACCAAGCCCGUCAAUCUGCCUCUUUAUCGCAUCGACUUGUCAUGUCAAACUCUAAUGCCCAAUUCUGUCCCCAUAUACCUGAAUCUUGCUCAAGUUCAUGCCGCGGCCGGUGAUUUGCCCAGAGCGCGUGAACUAGCCAGGCUGGCAGUAGCACUAGCCCCCAAUAACAUCCGUUGUAAGCUUCUACUAGCGCGCCUCGCUUUUGCCAUGAGGGAUGUAGAGCAAGCUCGGAAACACACUGCAUCUGCUGUGAAAAUCAGUUUGGGUCUCAUGGAUGGGUCUUCGGGUGCUAUCUUUCUUGGGCUGGUCGCAGAUUCCCUAUCAGUUGCAAGUGUUAUGUGGCGCAAAUUGGAAAACUACGAGGAGGCGCUAAAAACAUUAGACUAUCUUAAAGAUCUAAAAAUUAGCAAUCGGGGUUUUUCGACUGUUUACGCAAAUGCUACUCUCAGCAAUUUGCACUUUCGUGACCAGAUCAGGAGCGGGAGGACUGGAAUUGGUGACAUCCAGCCUGAUCAUCGCGCUCAGCAGCUCAAGAAUGCGGCUGAUUGUGCGCGUAGUGCCCUAAAUGAUGAUCCUUCAUGCGCCAUGGCCGCGCAAGCUCUUGGAGCUGUCUUACUGGAAUCGGGUAAGCUAGAUGACUCCAUGCUGAUCUUCGAGCGCGUCCAGGAGAAGCUUGUCGCUGGUAGCAAGGCGUCUUGCGGUGAUUCUGCGAUUGAUCGAGAUGCCUCGUGCUCUGUUUUAGAUGCUGCAAUCAAUCUAGCCCAUUCUCGCCUCCUUGCUGGAAAAUGGUUAGAAGCAGCUGCAAAUUAUGCUACGUGCGCUAAAGUGCUCAUAGCCAUGUCAGCCGGCAAAAUGUUCGUACCAUGUAGUGCUCAGACACGGCGCGCUGAUGUGUACCAUUGGCUUGCCCGUGCAUGCCAUGGCGCAAACGAGGCUCAAGGCGCUAGACGUGCACUUGCCGCUGCGAUCCACCUGCAGCCGGGGAACCUUGCCUUCCGUUGCCAUUGCGCCAUACUUCUACUCGAAAGUGCCCAUGGGUUGUGUAGGUCGUCCUCUUCGCCACAAGUGAUGUCCUCCUUGCGCAGCAAAGGUGAUUACACCGUAGUUUUGCUCGCAAUUGCAAGGGAUAUGCUAUUGUGGCUUCGAAAUCAAUGCCUUCAAGACUCAGAUUCUCGUCCACAACCCCUCGAAUUCAAAGAUUUGAUAUCAAAGUGCGAUGACGUGUUGCAAAAGGCGCGUCAAUAUCUCGAGUGCAUUGCAAGUGAAUUAACAAUCAGGCUCCUACGCUUGUCGCUCACGCACGUGAGCAAGAUGAAACAAGCGAUCGUCUGCGCCAUGCUCAGCGCGUACAGUAUAGAUCGCAGUGUUAAGACCUGCAAAUUAUGCAACACCCCCCAUUCAUCACUUAGACUGGCUCGCAUUGUGGCAGAACGCCACGUGCGGGAAGCUGCUGCCACUGCAGCUGCUCGUGCCACUGCUGAAGAGUGCAUGGCCAAAGCACAAAGGAAGAAGGAGCAGCUCGACUCUCUUCAAGAGCGUUGGACCAUCGGCUCGGGAUCAAUUUCCAACGAUGGUGAUGUCGCUGUAGCUGGUGAUACACAAGGUGAAUCAGUAGAUGGAACCAAGAAGGGAAUCAUUGAGUCUUGACAUCAAUGAAUAUAAGUUUCCAUCCAAUAUUUGCUGGCAUCGCGUGCAUUCCACUGUUUGCGUCGGAACGCACUGAUUUCGAGUUCACUCUAUGAUCCGGAUGAAGUAAGCUAUGAUUUCGGCGGCGCUGUGUCGAAAGGGGGUUCGUUUCUCUUGUCUGACGUCUUGGUUGGUCGUCGUGUGAAUUGCAGUCUGCGACGGGAUUACAACAUAAUCAUCGGGUAGCAGACAAUUUCAAGUACUGGCUCCUGUAAGUGCCCUGUGGGAUCCGGGCUGGUGUUGGGUGCGAAAUUACGUCGGAUGGGUCGACUUCCGUGCGCCUCAGAGACGGGGGCUGGCAGCCCCAAGUUCUGGCCCCGCCGACGCCCCUAGGCCCCUUCGCCCCUUGCGCGCGACAACCCUUUGUCCGGAGAGCCCCUUAGCAGGAGGUCGUGUUAAAAAUGGCUGCCCCAGAGGCGGGUAUUUCG